UAUACUAUUAUUUGUGAAAAAAUCAAAUACGACCCUCAAGGUUUGUGAAAAAUCAUAUUCAAUCUCCGGUGAUCAUGUCCGCCAAAUCCCGUAACUUCCGCCGCCGUGCCGUCGAAGCCGCCGCCGACGAAGAAGAAACCGCCGCAAAAACCACCUCCGCCGCCGUUAAAACCGCUUCAAUCACCGCCGCAAAACCGAAGAAGAAAAGCCUAUUAAGUUUCGCCGACGACGAAGAAUCCGAUGACUCUCCCUUCAUUCGCCCUUCCAAACCUUCUCCACGAAUCACCAAACCCUCACCAUCGUCAUCUUCGCAUAAACUCACUUCCGGAAAAGACCGAAUUACCCCCAAACCAUCUUCAUUCACCCCUCAAGCUGGUACUUACACAAAAGAAGCACUCCUCGAGCUCCAAAAAAACACCAGAACCCUAGUUAGCAGUUCCCGCUCCUCCAAGCCCGAACAGAAGCCCGGGCCCGAAUCCCGGCCCGUUGAGCCCGUUAUAGUGCUCAGAGGUCUAGUGAAACCACCAGUUAAUGCGAGUAGUACGGAGAGAAUUGAAAUUGAAACUCAGGGGAAAGGAGAGGAUAGUAGUGAGGGCAUGAUGGUACCUGAUAAGGUGACUAUUGAUGCAAUUAGGGCUAAGAGGGAGAGGUUAAGACAAGCCCGGCCCGCGGCUCAGGAUUUUAUAGCGUUGGAUGAAGGGGGAAAUCACGGUGAAGCGGAGGGGUUGAGUGAUGAGGAACCGGAGUUUCAGCAGAGGAUCGGGUUUUUUGGAGAGAAAAUAAGUGAUAGUGGGAGUAUAAGAAGAGGUGUGUUUGAGGAUUUUGAGGAUAAGAUAGGAUUAUUAAAUAAUAAUAAGCAGAGUCGUAGCGAUGAUGAGGGUGAUAAUGAGGAUAACGAUGAGGAUGAGGAGGAUAAAAUGUGGGAAGAAGAACAAGUUAGAAAGGGGUUAGGAAAAAGAUUGGAUGAUAAAGGGGUGAGGAGUAGUAGUAGUGUUGUAAGUAGUGCAAAUGUAGUUAAGAACGUUCAAAAGGCGAAUUUUGGUAAUUCAGCUAGUGUGUAUUCUUCAGUACAGAGUAUUGAUGUUUCUGAUGGGACUACUAUUGGUGGAGGAGGAGUGUUUGUUGGAGGGUUGCCUAGUUUGGAUGCGUUGUCGAUUUCAAAGAAGGCUGAGGUUGCUAAAAAGGCCUUGUAUGAGAGUAUGGGAAGACUCAAAGAAUCUCAUGGCCGAACUGUGGCAUCAUUGAACAAGACUGAAGAAAAUUUAUCUGCCUCAUUGUCAAAAGUCACUACACUGGAAAAUUCUUUGUCUGCUGCUGGUGAGAAGUACAUGUUUAUGCAAAAGCUUCGCGACUUUGUUUCUGUUAUAUGUGCGCUUUUGCAGGAUAAAGGUCCUUACAUUGAGGAACUUGAAGACCAAAUGCAGAAACUUCAUGAAGAACGAGCAGCUGCUAUCUUAGAAAGGAGAGCUAAUGAUAAUGAUGAUGAAAUGAAGGAACUUGAAGCUGCUGUAAAUGCUGCAAGACAAGUUCUAAGUAGAGGUGGGAGCAAUGCAGCAACAAUAGAAGCUGCCACAAGUGCUGCUCAGGCUGCAACGGCAGCCAUGAGGAAAGGAGGAGACUUACCUGUAGAACUAGAUGAAUUUGGUAGAGACAAGAAUCUGCAGAAACGGAUGGAUACAACUAGAAGGGCAGAGGCUCGGAAACGAAGGAGAGCGAAAAGUGAUGUUAAAAGAAUGUCAGCUAUAAAAUGUGAUAGCUCCUAUCAGAAAAUAGAAGGAGAAUCUAGCACCGACGAGAGUGACUCUGAGAGUACGGCAUAUCAGUCAAACCGUGAUCAAUUGCUACAGGUUUCCGAGCAAAUUUUUGGUGAUGCACACGAGGAGUACUCUCAACUGUCUGUGGUUAUUGAAAAGUUUGACAGAUGGAAGAAAGAUUAUGCUUCAAGCUACCGUGAUGCAUAUAUGUCACUUAGUAUACCUGUUAUUUUUUCACCCUAUGUGAGACUAGAGCUUCUGAAGUGGGAUCCACUGCAUGAAAACACAGAUUUCAUGGAUAUGAGCUGGCACAAUUCUCUAUUCAAUUAUGGACUUCCUCCAGAAGGUGAAAACGAAAUAAGUGCUGAUGAUACUGAUGCCAAUCUUAUUCCUCAGUUGGUGGAGAAACUUGCAAUACCCAUUCUACAUAACCAGUUAGCUAAUUGCUGGGAUAUGCUUAGCACCAGUGAAACAGAGCGUGCUGUCUCUGCCAUGCGAUUGGUGUUGAGAUAUGGCCCCUUUUCUGGAUCAGCCCUCAGCAAUCUGGUUGCUGUGCUUCGUGAUCGUCUAGCUGAUGCUGUGGCUAAUUUGAAGGUCCCAACCUGGGACACCCUUGUAAUAAGGGCUGUACCUGAUGCAGCACGAGUUGCUGCUUAUAGGUUUGGCAUGUCUAUUCGUUUGAUCAGGAACAUAUGCUUGUUCCAUGAGAUUUUUGCCAUGCCUGUCCUGGAAGAGCUGGUUCUUGAUCAACUCUUAAGUGGAAAGGUUCUUCCUCAUCUUCGAAGCAUUCAGUCAAACAUUCAUGAUGCUGUAACAAGAACUGAAAGAGUUGUCACUUCACUAUACGGUGUCUGGGCUGGCCCCAAAGUCACAGGAGAUUGCAGUCCAAAAUUACGACCAUUGGUGGAUUACUUGCUAACACUUGCCAGAGUGCUCGAGAAGAAGCACUCAUCAAGCAGCGGAGAGAUAGAGACAUCUAAAUAUGCUCGUCGAUUGAAGAAGAUGCUCGUAGAACUAAAUCAAUAUGACUAUGCCAGGGACAUAUCAAGAACCUUCAACAUCAAGGAGGCCUUGUGAUUCUUGGUCCCAUUGUCUUCACAAACACAGGGGGUUCUCUAGUUUAGAAGUCUUCUACGAUUUUGAGAUUGAUAUCAGUGCCAUUUUUUUUUUUUAGGUUUUUCACUGUUGUAACAAAUUUCCUACUUCAACACCUACAAGGGCAAUGAAAAUAUGAAGCUAAAAAUGUUACUUUACUAAAUCUUGCAGGUUUAGUAGAAAUGUAUGAUUUUAUCUGAUUAUAGCGCUUCACGAGCUAAUGAAAUGACUUUUGGAUCUCUUA